AUGAUAAGCUUAAGCAUUUUAAAGCAAUCCACAAUUGUCCAUCUGUGUUUUGCUAUAUCUUACUUCACAUCUGGCUUGAUUCUGACCUUUAUACAAGCUAUUUUAUACUUUGGACUCAGGCCGUUCAAUAAAUCUUUGUACAGAAAGAUAAAUUAUUAUCUGGCAUACUCAUUUUACAGUCAAUUAGUGUUUAUGUCAGAAUGGUGGUCAAAUUCAAAGCUUAUUAUUUACAUUAAAAAGGAUGAAUAUGAAAAAUAUUAUGGCAAAGAACACGGAUAUCUUAUAAUGAACCACAGUUAUGAAAUAGAUUGGCUCAUGGGAUGGCAUUUCUGCAAUACUAUAGGAGUUCUGGGAAAUUGUAAGGCUUAUGCGAAAAAAUCCAUCCAAUACUUACCUCCGAUCGGUUGGAUGUGGAAAUUCUCCGAAUUUGUAUUUCUAGAAAGGUCUUUUGAAAAAGAUAAGGAGACCAUAAAACAUCAGAUAUCAGAAUUAUGUGACUAUCCGGAUCCCGUUUGGCUCCUAAUGACACCUGAAGGAACCCGGUAUACAAAGAAGAAGCACGAAGCAUCAUUAAACUUUGCGAAAGAGAAGAACUUGCCUCUACUUAAACAUCACUUGACGCCUCGCACCAGAGGUUUCACAACUAGCUUACAGUUCUUCAGAGGCAAAAUACCUGUUAUUUAUAACAUACAAUUAGCCUUCGAAAAGGAUAGUAAGACUCCGCCUACAUUAACAAGUUUGUUGUACGGCAAGCCGGUCAACGCUCAUUUGUACAUCGAGCGGAUACCGGUCGAGAAAGUGCCUGAAGACGAAGGUGAAGCAGCUAAAUGGCUUCAUGAACUCUUUGUUGUAAAGGAUAAAAUGCAAGAUUCUUUCUUCAACACUGGAGAUUUCUUCUUAGAAUCUGGUGUUGAACGAAGGGAGUCGUUCACAGUGCCCCCUCCUAUUUGGUCGCUUGUGAACGCCCUCGGCUGGGCCGUGGUCACACUCACCCCUAUGUUGUACUAUCUGCUUGGUCUACUGUUCAGUGGAAAACUUCUAUAUUUUUCUAUAGCCUGUGCUAUAUUUGGAGCAUUUUUCAUUCUUCUUCAAAAAUCUAUUGGAAUGUCUAAAAUCAGUCAAGGAUCUUCCUAUGGAACAGAAAAGAAAUAA